AUGACCAAGUGUGUAUUUGGGCAAUGCCGUAUUGAUUACUUAGGACAUGUCAUAUCAAAGAAGGGAGUAGAAAUGGACGAGUCCAAGAUAACAGCUAUUAAGCAGUGGCCAGUUCCACAGAAUGUUACACAACUAAAGGGGUUCCUGGGACUAAGUGGCUAUUACCGACGGUUCAUUCAGGGGUACGCUCAAAUUGCAGGCCCUUUGACAAAAUUACUGACCAAAGAUGGGUUCCGAUGGAAUGAUGAGGCCCACCUGGCUUUUGAAACUCUAAAAGAAGCGAUCGUCCAUGACCCAGUGUUAACUCUACCAGAUUUCUCCAAACCAUUUGUGUUGGAAAUAGAUGCUUCAAGGGUGGGAAUUGGGGCCAUGCUUAGUCAGGAGGGAUGA